GCCCUCUUACUACAGCGAUAUAAUUGUCCUCCCCCAUUCGCCUUCUUCCAAGAGCCGAUUUUACUGACGGAGGCAUUAGCUCAACGCGCCGUCCUCUGCGUUAUUGUUUACAAAAACAUUACGGACACCAGCUGUGGUCUCCCGGAAGGUUUUUUUUCCCACGAGAACUCCUUUAUUCAUACGACAGGACGACAUUUUGGGCUAUAUUUCACGCAGCGGCUUUUGCUUUUAUCCGGAUACGAGGAUCCUCACCGCGGUACUCAUCCGUGCAACGUGGAGUUUAAGCUGUACGCGGGAGACGGGAGCGUCGCGCUAUCGGAAUAACGCACAAGAAGAAGAAGACGCGCGUGGUGGAUCUCCUGUGAGAAAUGCUGCUGUCCAAGCUUAAUUCUCUUGCCCACAUCUCUGCCGUAGACAUGCCGGCGAAAAUCCAGCACCAAGUCCAUCAAGGGAAGGAGCGGGAGCCCUUCGAGAAGACCUAUCAGGUCGGCGCGGUUCUGGGAAGCGGCGGCUUCGGCACCGUCUACUCCGGUACGAGGACCGCGGACGGAGCUCCGGUUGCUGUCAAACACGUCGCCAAGGACAGAGUCUCCGACUGGGGGGAGCUGCCUAAUGGCUACCGGGUCCCGAUGGAGAUCGUGCUGCUGAAGAAGGUCUGCACGGGCUUCCGCGGCGUCAUCAAGAUGCUGGACUGGUUCGAGCGGCCGGACAGCUUCAUCAUCGUCAUGGAGCGGCCCGAGAACGUCAAGGACCUGUUCGACUUCAUCACGGAGAAAGGCGCCCUGACGGAGGAGCUGGCGCACAGCUUCUUCCGCCAGGUGCUGGAGGCCGUGCGCCACUGCCACAGCUGCGGCGUGGUGCACCGCGACAUCAAGGACGAGAACAUCCUCAUCGACCUGCGCAGCGGCGAGGUGAAGCUCAUCGACUUCGGGUCCGGAGCCCUGCUGAAGGACACCAUCUACACAGACUUCGACGGCACAAGAGUGUACAGCCCACCAGAGUGGAUCAAGUAUCACCGCUAUCACGGCCGCUCGGCCACCGUCUGGUCCCUGGGCGUGCUGCUGUAUGACAUGGUGUGCGGGGACAUUCCGUUUGAACACGACGAGGAGAUCACCCGAGGGCAGAUCCUCUUCCGGAGGAGAGUCUCCUCAGAAUGUCAGCAGCUGAUCAAGUGGUGUCUGUCCCUGCGACCGGCGGACCGUCCGUCAUUCGAGGACAUCGUCAACCACUCGUGGAUGCAGAACACGGCCGCCUCCUCUGUGCCGUCCCUGUUGCAGACCGAGAAGUCUGCCGCAGAGAUCAGGCUGCACACCAUCGGCCACGAGACCGCCGCAUUUGCGUCCGCCCAGGUGGCCGCGGCUCGGUGAAGGACUACCGUUUCUGUCUCUGAAAAUUGUGCUGCCCGCGACGCUAGAAGAGACCAUCACAAAGAAAGACUUGUGUAACGGACUCAAAGCGUAGAAGGGAAGAUGGAGGGCGGCCAACUGUACCGGAAGGUGCCACCCAGAAGAAAACAGAGGUCAUGACAUCAUCGCUCGUUUUCGCCCCGGGACCCUCCGGCCACUCGUCGGCCUUAAUGGGGGGCGUGCUCCGCAACGCACGGACGCUUGCGUUGAGCCAGAUACAGUGCGCGCGCUCGCCGCUGUGCCCGAACGGCAAGCGGGCGGCGUGCACUGGCAACCUUUCAAGUGCCUUCUGCGAGGUUGUCGCGGGGACCCUGAAAAUACUUGAAUUUGUGAGAGUAGAAAGGCAGGGUUUCUUUUUUUUUUGCUCAAGAGAAAGUUGAAGCUCCUCACUGUACUAGGCUUUUUAUAUAUAUAUAUAUAUAUAUAUAUAUAUAUAUAAUUUCUUCCUCUCAUGGGCCUAGAUCAGUAAAGCCUAUGUCAUUUACAACCACCGCUAUCACUACUUCAGGGGGAAAAACGAAAACACUGGACUUGCCUCACCCUCUUUUACUACAGCGUGUACAACCCUCUCGUGUUGCUCUGUACACAAACACGAGGCAGUGAGGUCACACCCACGCAGAAUGCACACCACAAUGCAAAACAACAAAAAUACAACAUCCUCUGCUCAUCGCAAUUCUUUGUUCAACCAGUGCCUCACACAGGUCUUAAAGUUCGUUGGGCACGAGAAUUGUAUAUAAAGAUAUUUAUUAUCGCAGCUGCUUUUUCACACACAUUGACAACGCAGAAUAUAUUUAUUUAUUUAAGAGAAUUUUUUUGGGCUGCUGGGGCGCAUCUCAUUCCAGUCACCGAAGGGCCCAAUCCAUUAUUUAAAAGACCCCCCCCCCCCCCCCCCGACCAUAUUUAUUUAUGGCUCGAGAUUUGUAUUUUCUAUUGAAGAGCAGAUGCGUGUGUGUUUGUUUGUGUAUGUCAUGUAAAUAAUGUGUAAAUAGUCCCCAAGAGCACUUCCAUCACAAUGUGUCGAUGCGAUGAGUCUACUGAUAGUAACUGCUGUAGUUACUGUUGUCUGCUUUGGGAGCGUUUGUGCGUGUGUGUGUGAGAAUGAGAAAAACUUCUCUGGUUACAUGACUGCAGCCUGGCUUUUUUUUAAUCCAGUCAAAUUAGAAUGGCCAGUCAUGUUAGAAACUAUUUUUUUACGAUUUCAAUAAAUAUUUUUUUAAACAAUGA